GGGCCACGCCCCUUCCUCCCAGCCCACCCACCCACCUUCCGCUUUAGCGGAGGUACCGGAGCUAUGGCUCCUGUAUCCUCUGGGCGAGUUCGGCGUCGAGCUCGGGGCUCCAAGCGGGCCGACGCGCGGGCCCGCUCGGCCGAGGACUGGUGGUGGGACAGGCUGGCCCCUCGCGGCUCUGGGUACCACCUGCAGCAAGCGGACAGCAUGCUGCUCGUGCUGCCGGACCUGGAACCUACCCGCGCUCGUGCGCACAGGCGCGCCCCUCGCCGCGCUCCGAGACCCCCGACUCGCGGCCCCACGGCGGCUGCCAAGCACAGGGCCAAGCCCCGACCUGAGCCGUCGCCGGAUCAGGGCCCGGACUCCGGCUGGGGAGACCGUAUUCCCUUAGAAGUCCUGGUGCAUAUUUUCGGGUUGUUGGUUGCGGCUCAUGGGCCCAUGCCGUUUCUUGGCAGGGCUGCACGCGUUUGCCGCCGUUGGCAUGAAGCCACCUCCCAUCCUGCACUCUGGCACACUGUGACCCUGUCACCUCCGCUGGUUGGCCGGGCUGCCAAGGGCAACCUUAAGGCAGAGAAGAAGCUCCUUGCUUCCCUGGAGUGGCUCAUACCCAAUCGGUUCUCACAGCUCCAGAGGUUGACCCUCAUCCAUUGGAAGUCUCAAGUACACCCUGUGUUGGAGCUGGUUAGCAAGUUCUGUCCCCGGCUCACCUUCCUCAAGCUUUCAGACUGCCACAAUGUGACUGCUGACACGCUGGUCAUGUUAGCAAAAGCCUGCUGCCAGCUCCACAGCCUGGACCUACACCAUUCCAUGGUAGAGUCUACAGCUGUGGUGAGCUUCUUGGAGGAAGCGGGGUCCCGAAUGCGGAAGCUGUGGCUGACCUACAGUUCCCAGACGACAGCCAUCUUGGGGCAGCUGCUGCCCCCAGCUCCAAGUCCUGGAGGUCAGCACUGGCAUGAACUGCAACAGCACCCCCCUGCAGCUGCCUGUGGAGGCUCUGCAGAAAGGCUGCCCCCGGUUACAGGUAUCUGUGCUCUACCUUCUCCCACUUGCCUCUUGGCAACGUGUCUGCAGCCUGGCCCUCCUCCCGACUCACAGGUGCUACGACUGCUGAACCUGAUUUGGCUCCCCAAGCCUUGUGGACGAGGGGUGCCCCAGGGACCAGGCUUCCCCAGCCUUGAGGAGCUCUGCCUGGCUGGCUCCACCUGCAACUUUGUGAGCAAUGAGGUUCUGGGCCGCUUGCUCCAUUGCUCCCCCAAACUGCGCCUGCUGGAUCUUCGAGGCUGUGCUCGGAUCACGCCCACUGGCCUGUGUGAUUUACCAUGUCAAGGUCAGCUGGCCUUGCGUGGUAGAUGGGAUGUGGGAAUCAUUGCCUGCCUCCUGUUCACACUCAGUUCUCUCAUCCCAGAGCUGGAGCAACUCUACCUGGGCCUGUAUGGCAUGUCUGACGGCUUGACUCUGGCUAAGAAAGGCAGCCCCCUGUUGACCCAGAAGUGGUAUCACACCCUGAGGGAGCUGGACUUCAGUGGCCAAGGCUUCAGCGAGAAAGACCUGGAACAGGCCCUAGCCGUUUUCUCUGGCACCUCUGGGGGCUUACACCCAGCCUUGUGCUCUCUCAACCUAAGGGGUACCCGAGUCACACCAAGCACAGUCAGUUCUGUGAUUAGCAGUUGCCCGGGGCUGCUGUAUCUCAACCUGGAGUCCUGCCGGUGCCUCCCCAGGGGUCUGAAGCGUGCUUACCGGGGCCUGGAGGAAGUCCAGUGGUGUCUAGAGCAGCUACUUACAAGCCCACUAGCUUCCAGAUAGUCCACUUAACUCAGACACCUACCAGCUUUUUUCCCUGCCCCUUUUCACUUGGAAAUGUUUGAGCUUUUGUUACAAUAAAGUAUUUUUAAGCAUUC